GUACACUCGUAACUAAAAACUAAAAACUAAUAACUAAUAACUAUAGUAACAAUGCUGGAUCAAAGUAUUAGAACUUUGAAAGAUAAGUCACUUGAUGUGGAUCCGGAUCUCCGGUUUAUGGCGCUUGAAGAUUUUCGAAAGUUUUUAACGAAUUUUCCUGCCCAUACUCCUAAUAGGGCAAUUGAAAGCUUUAUCCCCGACUUGUUCAGAUUAUUAAAGGAUGAAUAUUCAUUUGUACAAAAUCAAGCAGUUAAAUCCUUUGAACCAAUCAUAGGAUUUGUAGGAAAUGAUGUGUUAGUUAAGACCAUUAGUCAAUUGUUUGAUUUAGCCAUUGAUGGAUCUAAAAGUUUUACAAUGUCAAUCCCCACUAUGACUUUAAAGUCCAUAUUAAAUUCUUCAUCAUUAAUAGAAAGAAGAAUUGUAUGUACAUUAGUUAUUCAAGAAAUUCUUCCUAAACUUUCAGGAUUAUCUCCUAGUGUUGAUGCAAUUGAAAUAAUUGUAGAUUUAUCUAAAAAUUUAGGUUAUGUAUUAACGGAAGUUGAAGUAUAUAAUUCAUUAAAAUUCGUUAUACAAUGGAUAUUUAAUGAGAAAGGAAUAAUUAGUAAACGAGCCAUUACCGCUUAUGGACAUCUUUUCCAAUAUAUUAAACAUUCAGAUGUUAAAGAACAGGUUCUUGAUGCAUUUGAUGCAUACUCAAAUCAACUUGUUAAAUUUCAAUUGUAUUCUAUUGCCUUUCAUAAUGUUACUCCAGUAAACAAGGAAACUAUCCAUAAUAUCUUUAAACAGAUUGUAAAAGCCUUAAAUCUAAAUGAUAUAGUACUUGAUGACGAAGACGACGAUUUUGAUUUCGACGAAUUAGUUCAGUUGAAUAUACUAAGAGAACAAUCAUUAACUUUAAUAGGUGAUAUGAUUCAAGAAUUGCAUGAUUUUAGACAGGAUAUCUUUCAAAUUAUUUCAUCAUUCUUAACGUUUAAUCCAUUUAAAGUGGAUGAUGAUGAUGAUGAUGAUGAUGCUAUUGAUAUUGAUGGCGAUGAGGAUGAGUUAGAGUUUGAUGAUGAUAUCGAUGAUGCUAAUGAUGAUGAUAACUUCAAUGAAGAUGAUAAUCUGUGGAAAUUGAGAUUAAAAGCUUGUGAACUUUUAAAGUUAUUCAUCAAAACUUUUCCUCAAGGAUUACCUGAUGUUUAUGAACAUUUGGUAAUCCUUAUUCCAGCUGAUGAUUCUAAUGAAUUGGUAUCAAAUGAAGCAUUAUCUGCUUAUGAGACCAUAAUCAAUACUCUUGAAGGUAGUGAGAAUUCAACGUUUGAAUUCAUUAAGAAUAAAAUCUUUAACUCCUUCUUAAUAGAACGUAGGCUUAACCAAUUAGUUUCUGUAUUUCUGGUAAUCAAAUCAACCAAUAGAUUCCAUGAUAGUUCAAUGAUAAAUGGUGUAUUUGAUAAAUUGAAUCUUUUAGAUGUUAAGGCUAGAGGUUCUCCAGAAUACUUUACCUUUUACGAAAAUGUUCUUAAACAUUUUAAUGAGUCUGGAACUUUAUCAACUGAUACGGUUAACUUUAUAGCUGGAGAAUUACUUGAUUCACUCGAUGAUAAAGCUUUUAAUGUCAUUCAUGAAAGUAUCAAGAUUUUGAAUGAAUUACUUGGAAAUCAGAAUAGUAGAAUAAUUGCUUCUGAGUUACAAGACAAGUUAAAGAAUGCAUUACUUCAAAAGAUUCUUAAUACUAGAAGUUACAGUAGUGAUGUUAUUCAACAUUGUAUUGAAAGUCUUGCUCUUCUUUUGACCACUUUGAAUCCUAAAGAUAAAGACCAAGAAGCUAUUGAUGUAUUAUGGAAAGGUUUAGAAAAUGAGACUAUCACUAAUGCUUCUCUUACAGCAUUAGUUAACAUUUAUUCGAAUGAUCCUAAUCUUUCAAGAAAUGUCUCAUUAACAUUUUUGAGUAGUAUUAUUUUAAAGGAUAAUGAAAUUAAUUAUCAUUUAACUUUAGAUUUAUUAGCUUUAGUGAUUCCUGGUUCAACUUUGGGAACAAAUGAAGCUGUUGAUGCCAUUCUUAAAAGGAAAGGAACGCUUGAUGUGGUUCGUACCUUUAAAGUUUUGAAGUUAGUAUACGAAAAGGAUCAAAUACUGUCUAAUAAUUUACAAGCAAUCAUCAAUUUUGGAACUGAAUUGGUUAAUAAUGGCAGUGUCUCAAUAGAUAAUGAUUCAUUUUUUGAAUUCUUUGGUGCUGUAUCUAAAAAGAACAACAUUUAUUAUGCUCUUCCAGGUAUUCUCAACUUGGAAUUGGAAGUGGCAGCAAAGCUUUUGGCCAUUUCCUGUGUUAAUAGCCAAGUAAUAGAUGAGAUAGAUAAAGUUCAAGAAGCGGUACUUCUUAGAAGUAAUAAUCUUCUCUUUAAUAUCCGAUUCUUGGGGUAUAUUGGAAGAUAUGUUCCUUUGAAUAAAGUACGUAUUUCUGAUCUCUUUAGUAUUCUUGAAGAUGCUCAUGAUGAAUCGAUAAAACAAGCAUUAUCUGUAUCCAUUGGUCUUAUUGCCAAUAGAGAUAUACCUACUGGGUUAGUGGCAUUAUUGAAUCAUUUUCUGUUAGGUAAAUCAUCAAACUUUAUUCAUCUUAUAUCUUCAUUUAGAAUCAUAUUGCCUGAAUGUGAUCAAUUGCAAUUGGAAUCAAUUUGGUAUAAAGUUUGGGAAGCAACGGAAAAAGUUGAAUUUGAUCAUGCUAUUUGUUCCGAUUUGAGAGCUGUAGGAGAUUUAUUGGGUGAUAUUAUAGUUUUGGAUAAACGAUUAAUAGAACCAAUCGUUGACAAAUAUUAUUCUGAUACUACCGAAGUUGAUAAUUUCACGCUAGCAUAUACUAUUUUGGUUAUUUCGAAACAAUUGAUAAACAAAUUAAAUAAUUCACCUGAUUCUUUAGCUUUAUUAGAAAAAUUGAUUGCUAUAUCUAUGACUUGGACAUCCUUGCUUAGUAUUGAUAUUCGUCAAUUAUUAGUGGGUAAUCUUUUGACAGCCUUACACAGCAAACCUUUGAUUAUAAUGAGUCAGUUAGAAACUAAAAUUCUUCCUCAAUUAUACAAGCAGUUACAACCUGAAAUUAAAUUCAAAAAGAUCAUUCCUAUGGGUCCAUCUCAAUAUGUUUUAGAUGAAGGGUUAGAGAUUAGAAAAUUGAUCUAUGAAUUUUUUUAUACUGUAUUGUCUUUAGAUGAUGAGGUUUUAAAAGAAAAUUCUGUGGAUUUAAAUGAGCUUGGAUUUAAUAUUGCUUCUCAGGGGUUAGUUGAUGCUCAAAAUGAUGUUAUAGUAUUAUCAUGUACUAAUUUAAUUAAUUUUAUUAACAACCAUGGAACAUCAUUCCUUACACUUCUUUCAAAAGAUGGUGCAGAAGUCUUUAAUACUAUCAUUAAAAAUUUGAGUAUCCAAUUAAACAAAAAGUUGGGAGAUAAAGCUUCAUCACAGGAAACUGAAACAUAUCAGGAACGUAUUCGAGCAAUUAUUAAGCUCAGUAAAAGAAUUGCUCAAGUUAUUCCAACAAUAGUAACUCAAAUAGGUCCUGAUACUGAAAAUAACUGGAAGAAAUACUUGGGAGAUUUACAAACUAAAUACUCUAUGUAUUACAUCAAUACCGAUGAUUCAUAAUCUCGCUCUUAUAGUCCUAGCUUAAAUGUAUAAUUUAAUGGAAGUACAUAAUUAGAGUAAAUUUAGAUUUUGCA